AUGUAUUUUAAUAAUUAAAGUGGACUUUAGUGCUUAAAUUAGUUUAUAAGUCUGCUCUCUUAAAUAAAAAAUUAGCAACAAAUUCAAUAAAAAUAAGAAAAUCGACUUAACAUCUAGUAAGAAGGUCUCUUUGAAUCUGAUGAUUAUCAUGCAAAUUUAAAAGAUUAAUAAGAGAUUUGUCAUAGCUCUGAAAUAAAUUAAUAUAUAGAUUUGAUUGGAUAAAGUGGUGAGAUAAUUAAAUUGAUAGAAGAGUUGAAUUAUAAAGCAAACUAAUUAAAAAAUAAAUUUGCCUAAAGAUCCAAUGUUAAUUCUAAUGUUAAUUCCAAUUAGGAAAGCAACAUUUCCAAAUAAGAGAACCUGAGCAUAAAUUCUAAAAUAAGUUCUUUAUCUUAAUAAUAAAACAAUAAAGAGGAAAAGAGUUUUUCAAUUAUCGUUGAAGAUUUGCAAUCUUAUAUUAUAAAUUAGUUGGAACAAAAAAAUCCUAAUUUAUUACAAGUAUUGAAUAAAAAGGAAGAAUAAUUUAAUUAUAAUAAUUAAUUUGUAAAUAGUUUAAAUGAAUUUUUAUAAGAGUGGAUGUAAAAAGUAUAAAAUAGAUUUGAAAUUGUAGAAAAGUAAAAAUUGAAGUUAGAAUUAAUUUCUCAAAAAAGAGAAGUAUAAAACAUAGAAAAUAGCGAUUAAAUAAAUGAAUAAAAGUAACUUGAUACUUACAAUUUUAAUCGUCCUACUUCUAAAGAAAUUGAAAUAAAAUAAGUAGAAAGAUGUUAAACGAUGUGUUUUAAUAAGAAUGAUUCUUUAAUAGCUACAUCAAUAGGAUAAUAAAUAUAAUUAUGGACUUUUUCAAAUGGUUAAAUGUUAAAGAUUGGUGAUCCUUUAAAUGGUCAUAAGGGUUCUGUUACUUAUAUUAUAUUUAGUAAAAGGAGUGAAAACGAUUUUAUUUCAGGAGCAGUAUCAGGAUAAAAUACAAUUAUAAUGUGGAUAUAUAGAAAAGAUAAAUGGAAUUAAAUAGAACCAAAUAAAUCAGAAAAAGGAAGUAUUACAUCUAUGAUAUUAAAUCAAUAUAAUGAUAAAUUAUUUACUUGCGAUUAGCAAGGCUUUAUCAAAAUGUGGCAUGUCAGUUUCUCUUAAGGGGUAUUUGAAUUGGGAUAUGAAUUUAAGUAAUAACUAAAUCCAAUAUGGGGAAUCAGUCUAAAUCAAUCAUAAACAUAUUUAAUCGCUUGUGGAGACAGUAAUAAAUUAAUAUUAUGGGAAAAGAAAUCAGAAUAAAAUUGGGUUAUUUCAUAAGAAAUUAAAAUAAGAUCUUAAGUAAAUAGAGUUAAAUUUACAAAUAAUCAUGAAUUUAUUUGUAGCACACAAUAGGAAGGCUAUCUAUAUGAAUACAAAUUAAAAAAGGGGAGGAACUAUUUUUAGGAAUCAAAUAAAAUAUAAUUAAAUUUUGAAGAAUAAGAUUAAUUUGGCUUUCCUCUCAAAUUUAUAUAAAAUAUAUACUUUGCUAAGCAUAAUAAAUACUUUUAUAUUCUAAGAUCUCAUUCUAAAAAAAUUGAAAUCUUGAAUACUUUAACUUUUUCAGAUAUGAAUCUUUUUGGCACUUUAUCAAAUGAUAAAAAGAAGCUUCUGAUUUGGAAUGAUGGAUCCUUUCGUUUAAAGUAAUUGAAAUAUUGA